AUGUCUCAUAAAGCCCGAGAGAAAAGUAAAGAAGGAGAUAGAGAUCCAAGUGGCUUGGCAUUGGUAACUAAGGACUGUCCUACAAAAGGGGAUGAAAGUAAUGAGAACAAAGGUGAGUGUGUUUUCAUUGCUGAAGGUGAUGAUUAUGAUGUCCUUAUAAUAUCAGAAAAUAUAGAUGCAAAUUUUGAUUGGUAUUUAGAUUUUGCUUCUGCCACUCAUAUAUGUUAUCAAAAAGAUUAUUUUGAUUUUUUUCAAGAAGGGGUGACUGGGAAUUUGGCUUUAGGUAAUAAGUCAAUAGUGAAAGUCAUAGAUCUUGGAGUAGUAAAAAUCAAAAUGUUUGAUAGGAUCGUGCGCUCUUUGGGUGGUGUGGCCUAUGUCUCAAAGAUGCGUAAUAAUCUAACACCAUUGAGCCUAUUAGACUCUAAAGGGUAUGGAUAUUUUGCUUAUGAUGGAGUGGUAAAAGUCACACAAGGUGACAUGGUCCUGAUGAAGGAAAAUUUGUAUAAUGACUUAUAUCAUCUAGAAUGUGAAGCCUCGAAGGGAUGGGAACAGUGCAUAGGAGAUGAUAGCUACCAAAGUGAGAUUUCAUUUGCUGAGGAGGUGAUAAAAGGUUCCCAUGGUGUAAACGAUGGUGAAAGGACGAAAAAUCUUGCCAAUGGUGAAUUGGAAAGGUCGUUGAGGUCUCUUUUCAAAGUCAAUUAG